AUGCAAGAUCUCUGGCUAGCUUUCAUGAAAGAUCCCGUCAAUGGCCUGCCAAGUCAGGGAUGGCAAGCGUAUGCUCCAGGAGGAAAUGCUUUGGAGUUUGCGUGGGACAGCCAGGUGACGCCAAAUAUCCCUUUGAGUGAGUUUGCCGAGUUGUGUAAUGGCCCUACUGCGAUUCGGGGGGCAGCUCCUCCGGAUCAUGUGGGGCUGCAUGACUUAUAA